AUGGUAGAUUUUCCAGAAAAUGAUUUUCCCUGUGAUGACUUCUUCAGAUUCAGUAAAGCUCUUCAAACGGCUCGUAAAUCUGACGAUAGAAUCAAUAAUGAGCUAAAUGCUGCACUACCUACCGCCUCAUUUUCAAAUUCUGUUGACGCUACUCAACAAUGUUCACGAUUUUUUGAUAAGCUGGUAGAUCUACAUAAGCGUCGAUUCCAAGCAAUUCGUCGUUGUAUCGACGUAUCCAAUGCUCGAAUUAUUGAUCUCAAAAAGCAAUAUGAAGAGGACUCUUCUUCAAUGACAUUACCCGUACUCAUUCGUAAAGAGCAACUACAGUUUCGGCAAUUCAAAUCUGAACUUUUGGAAGAAGAGAUCAUUCGAAAUUCUGCUCUGAGGGUACUAUAUGAGCGUUGCCGUGAUCACUUCAGUCAUCCCAUGUUUGAUAAAUUCAAGUAG